AUGUCUGGAGAAAAGCGUCCCGCACAGGCGGCUUUUGGCUCGGCCAACCAGCUCGUCGUCAAAAGAAAUAAGCCCGAUGCAGAGCUCAAUCCUGGCACUGCGGUAGUCAAGGGCUCGUCUCAGAACGGAGCUCUUGUGCAAUCGGUCCCGCGCACCAGCGGACUAGAUGCGCCUAUCAUGGAACUGACAGGGCAUUCCGGAGAAGUCUUCGCCGUCCGAUUUGACCCAAGUGCCCAACAUAUCGCAUCCGGCUCGAUGGACCGAUCAAUCUUACUAUGGAACACAUAUGGCCAAUGUGAAAAUUACGGCCAACUGAACGGCCACCGAGGCGCCGUCCUAGACCUCCAAUGGGCCCGCGAUUCACGAGCACUCUUCUCCGCAUCCGCCGACAAAACACUAGGAAGCUGGGACGUGGAAACAGGCCAACGCGUCCGUCGCCACGUAGGCCACGAAGAGAUAAUCAACUCCCUCGACAUCAGCAAGCGUGGACAAGAACUUCUAAUCAGCGGCAGUGACGACGGCUGCAUUGGAAUCUGGGAUCCGCGACAAAAGGACGCGCUGGAAUAUCUCGAGACCGAGCUACCAAUCACAAGCGUUGCGUUGUCCGAGGCCGGCAACGAAAUUUACAGUGGUGGUAUCGAUAACUCUAUCCAUGUUUGGGAUUUGCGCAAAAAGAGCAUCGUUUAUUCUAUGACUGGUCACAAUGAUACCAUCACAUCUUUACAGAUUUCGCCAGAUGGGCAGAGUUUGUGUUCUAACUCGCAUGAUUCUACGGUGCGGACGUGGGAUAUUCGUCCCUUUGCGCCGGCGAAUCGACAGGUUCUUACGUUCGAUGGUGCGCCUGUGGGUUUGGAGAAGAAUCUUAUUCGCGCGAGCUGGGAUCCGAAGGGAGAGAAGAUUGCUGCUGGUAGUGGGGACCGGAGUGUUGUGGUUUGGGACUCGAAGACGGGUAAACUUCUAUACAAGCUUCCCGGUCACAAGGGUACUGUCAACGACGUACGAUUCUCGCCAAACGACGAGCCUAUCAUCGUCUCCUGCUCUUCUGAUCGCAACCUCAUGCUCGGCGAACUUGGAAAGUGA